AUGUAUAAGAUUAAGCUGAUGGGUUUGGUUUCUCUUGCAUUGUUGGUAAUGGUUUUUGUGCUGCCAACUUCGGCAGAUUACAAUUAUAGUAACCGAAAGAUUUUACCCAUUUUGAAGGAUUCAGUUUCCAAGAGCUAUGCGGUUGUUUUUGACGCAGGGAGUUCAGGGAGUAGAGUGCACGUGUUUUGCUUCGAUCAAGACUUGUCUCUCCUUCCUGUUUUCAACGGCACCGAUGUUGAGCUUUUUGCUAAGGUAAAACCAGGUUUGAGUGCAUAUGCAGAAAAUCCAAAAGCUGCGGCGGAGUCACUUGUCCCCUUGCUUGAGGAAGCCGAAAGUGCUGUUCCCAAAGAGUUGAGAUCCAAGACCCCGGUCAGAGUUGGGGCUACUGCUGGCUUGAGGUCAUUGGAAGGUGAUACAUCUGAAAGGAUUUUGCAAGCAGUCAGGGAUCUUUUGAGAGAUAGAAGCAGCCUAAAGUCUGAGGCAGGUGGGGUUUCGAUUUUGGGUGGCUCUCAAGAAGGUUCUUAUAUGUGGAUGGCAAUAAAUUACUUAGUUGGAAAUUUGGGAAACAAAUAUCCCAAUACAGUUGGAAUAGUUGAUCUUGGUGGUGGAUCUGUUCAAAUGGCAUAUGCUAUCUCCCAGGCAAAUGCUGCAAAUGCUCCUCAGAAACCAGAUGGACAGGAUCCAUAUGUGAAGCAACUGCUUCUGAAGGGAACCGCAUAUUUCCUCUAUGUUCAUAGUUACUUGAACUAUGGCUUAUUGGCAUCUCGAGCAGAAAUUUUGAAGGUUUCUAAAGAUUCUGGCAACCCGUGCGUCUUGACUGGUUAUGAUGGCGUCUACAACUAUGGGGGAAAGGAUUACAAAGCAUCAUCUACCCUUGCUGGUUCAAGUGUACAAGCAUGCAGGCGAGUAAUUCUUAAAGCUCUCCAAGUUCAUGCACCAUGUAAGAAUCCUAAUUGCACAUUUGGCGGAGUAUGGAAUGGUGGCGGUGGGGAUGGACAAGGGAAUUUGUAUGUUGCUUCAUUCUUCUUUGACAAGGCUGCCGAGGCUGGUUUUAUUGAUCCAAAUGAACCUAUUGGCAAAGCAAGUCCUGCAGAUUUCAAGAAGGCAGCUAAACUUGCUUGUGCAACUAAAUUUGAAGAUGCAAAGUCUAGGUAUCCGAGUGUGGAGGAGCGUGACCUUCCGUUUAUUUGCAUGGAUUUUGUCUACGAGUACACAUUGCUUGUAGAUGGAUUUGGUCUUUCUUCCCGGAAAAAGUUUACGUUGGUGAAGAAGGUCAAGUACCAUGAUUCCUUUGUUGAAGCUGCAUGGCCAUUGGGCAGUGCUAUAGAAGCUGUGUCGUCAGUAGCAUCACUUUGA